AUGACUGGUUUACACGGUGGUGGCAAGAUGCCAAGAGAAGCCCUCGUCUUUCUCCCAACCACUGCCGCCUGGCACGAACGGAGCAGCAUCAACACGAAUCUACCUUUUGCUCUCGCUGCAGCACCUGCAGCACCUGCUCCCCCUGCUUCCUCUGGCAGCCCACCCUCUGCUGCUAUACCUUCCCAGUCUGAAGUACAGGUCCUUACAGAUGCGAACUUUGAACAAGAAACGCAAGCCGUCACCGGUUCCACCUCGGGUGACUGGUUUGUCAAGUUCUACACACCAUGGUGCGGCCACUGCCGGAAGUUGGCGCCGGCGUGGGAGGAACUGGCAAGGAAGCUCAAGGGACAGAUUAAUGUAGCUCAUCUUGACGCCACCACGAAUCAGCGUACAGCAUCACGAUUCAACAUCAGGGGUUUCCCAACUCUUCUGUACUUGAAAGAUGGUCAAAUGUAUCAGUACAAGGGCAACCGCACUGUGGACGACAUGUACAAGUUUGCAACCGGUGGAUGGCAGCAGACGGCAGGAAAGCCUAUUCCGCCAGUUUUGACGUGGCUCGAGUCGGUGAGGGACGAGUUUCUCUUGGCAGUCCAACAACUUAGAGAUAUUUUCAUUCAGUUCCCGUUGCCUCUUCUGAUGCUUUUCGGCAUUGGGUGCAUCAUGGGCUUGAUGACUGCUUGCCUCGGCUUCGCUCUCUGCAUGGGAACGAAGAGUCGCGACGUGAAGAUCUCCAAGACGUCGAAGAAGAAGGAUUAG